AUGCACGGCCAGCAGCAGCAAUCGGCCACUCAUGCCACCCAACCGAUUUCGUCAGUUUCAGCGCAUUCACAACUGCCACGGCCAACACAGAACACAAAUGGCACACCUCUGCCACCACCAGGGCCUUCGACAAUAGCCGACGCGAACACGUUGAAAACGGCCCAACCGCAUACUUAUGCAGUAACCGAUUCCAACAAUAAGCGCAAAGUUUCGCCAGUCCCUAGUAGCGCCCCUCAAGAGAAACGAGCGCGAAGAGAUCCAGAUGAAAUGGAUGUCGAUUCUCGCCCAGCUGCGCCCGCCGCGUCAACAUCAAAGACGACCAAUUCGACUCCUACGCCCAGUGUCAGCUCACAAACUCAGUCUAGGAAAUCAGGAAACGCCAAACCCCGCCGACCACAGGGUCCUGGUGAUGACAAGACUGAUCCACGCUCAAUUCUGCUGUUACCAGGCCACAAGAGCGAGGUGUUUGUUUGUGCUUUCAACCCCGUUCAUUACGAAGUGCUCGGUACAGGAUCGAAAGACGCCGUCGUCAAUCUCUGGAAGUUGCCCAAACCGCCACAGCGCGUCGAUGCCUUUACAACAUCAGCACUUCCCCCUGUUUCUCUUCAGAACUUGUCCACUUCGACACAAGCCGAUCUUACCGCACUGCAUUGGAGCCCCGAUGACUGUUGCUUGGACAUUGAAUGGCUCAGUGAUGACACUUUUGCUAGCGCUGGUGCAGACAAACGCAUUAACAUCAUCAAGAUCCAUCAAGCCGAGCCAAUCAAACUUUUGGAGGGCCACAAAGACGAGAUAAACCAGAUCCGCGUCAACCCCUCGAGAACACGGCUAGGGUCAUGUUCAGACGAUACGACGGCACGCAUUUGGCGAGUUGACAACAUAUCUUCAACCGCGGAUGCCAUUCCAGGGCUAGCUUCGUCCGAUGAUGUCGUUGUUCUGCAAGGCCACACGCAUUCAGUCAGCACCAUCGCCUGGUGUCCAAUGACUCCGACAGGUACCCACGAGUUGGUGGCGACAGCUUCGUUCGAUAGCACAGCAAGAUUGUGGGAUUCCGUCACAGGCCAGUGCUUACAUGUCUUCACUGAUCACACAAAGCCCGUGUAUGCGAUGGCGUUCAGUCCCAACGGAAACUUCCUGGCAACUGGGGCUGGCGAUGGCUGGUUCAACAUUUACAGUGUGAAGGCUCCUUAUGAGCGGGUGUGGUCUUGGUAUGCGGGGUAUGAGAAGCCCGGCGUGUUCGAAAUUGAUUGGCAGACCCACGACGGCGUCAAUCGGAUAGCCCUCGCUUUGGAAGGGCGACAAGUGGCGGUUAUCGAUGUCUCGAAAUUGGCCGCUCUGGAUACCGUUGAGUAUCGCAAUGGGUUGUUGGCCAUACAGUCAACCGCCCCGGGUCUCUUGUCUCAGCCUUAG